GAAAAGAUAAAUUUUAACAAAUUAAAUAUUCGAAAAGAAAAUUAUUUUGAAUAAUUUUGUGAAAGAUUUCAAUCAUAUACAAAAUUUAAGAAAUGGGUAUGUGAAAAAGGAAAAAUUUGUUGUUAUUUUGGGACAAAGAAGAAGAAUUUUGGUGGGAAUGAGUGCUAGUAUUGUGGUCGCUGAAGCUGUGUGGAAGCGGAUCGAGUCCACUCGAUUAGUGACUGAUGAUCAGCUUUCAAUCUUGCAUUUCUUGUUUGGAAAGAACUUCGAGCGAGCUACUCGAAUUGUUGAUCAAAGAGGGGUCAAGAAAAUUUCAGGCCACCCAAGCAGACGGUCUAUCUUUCAGGUUGUGGGAGAAUCUCGAAGGAAAGAGGAGUAUUUCUGUUUCCCAGAAAACUUUUGUGCCUGUUAUUCCUUCUUCUAUGACAUUGUGAACAGAGGAGAACAACUUUGUUGCAAGCAUCAAUUAGCUGCAAGGCUUGCUGCUUCAGUGGGGGCUUGCAUUGAAGUUAAAGUAUCUGAUGAAGAGCUGGCAAUAUUGUUGUCCAAUCUCUAAUAGCCUGUAAUGAUUUUAUCUAAGCCAACACUCUCAGUGCUCGAAGUUUGAGAGGUAAUCAAACCACAUAAUUGUAUGAAUAGCGACCUUUUUCCUGUUGUACUCAAGUAGCUUUUAUACUCAAUAUUAGAUAUUGAGCUCAUGUGAAACUUGCACUAUGACCAUCAUAACAUACUAGGUUUCACAGGUGAGCUGGUAAUUCUAAUUUGUUUGUCACUCACCAGUUACUGAUAUGUUCCGUUUUACGAGUAAAUGAAGACAAACCAGCACAGCAGUAUUUUGAAAUCAAA